UCGGAUCAAACAUGUCAGAUCGUUCAGCCCUUCGUUCCAACCAUCGAAUAGAAGCGAACAAGAGAGACAGCGGGAGGGAUUGAGAAGUUACUGUCACCUAGCCGAAGGAGGAGAAGAAGAAGGAGAAGGAAGGAUUCUGCGGUACUUUUGAGACCUAAGGAAGAAAGGGACCUCGAGUGUCGAGGGCUUAUCUGGAUCGAGCCGCGAUCUAAUAGGAGGAAGGGAGUCGAAACCUCUGCAUGCGCUGCUUUGUUGAGUUGAGUCGAAGCCGAAGGAGGAAGAGAGAAUCUUCCCGCGGUGCUCGCGCACAGGAAGAAAAAGAGAAGACUACUCGCGCUUCUCUGCGUCCGAGUCCAGACCGAAGGAAGAAUAGAGGAACGGUAAUCGUGGGUGCUCCGUUGGAUUGCGCUGAGAUCGAAGAAGAAGAACAAAGGAAGGGAGCUCGCACGGUUGAGCUGAAGGCAGGACGAGGAAGCAGGGAACCAUCCUUUCGCGCGAGGUGUUAGGGCAGGCUGAACAAUACUAGAAGGACUCAAAUAGUUAGAGAUUUCAACUUCGAAGGAAGAGAAGUUUGUGAAGCAAGCAAGCGAAGGAUCAAACUCAAAUCCUACAAGAGCAUAUUUGAAAUCAAAGCAUUCUUUUGCGAGCUAUAGCUUGUUUGAGUGAAAAUAUAGACGCCUGAAUUAUAUUUGGACAUAAUAUGACGUCUGCUCAGGAUCCUUUUUAUAUAGUUAAAGAAGAAAUUCAAGACUCUAUUGACAAGCUAGAAUCUACUUUUCACAAAUGGGAAUUUUCGCCUUCAGAAACUGGGGAGCGUGCUCUUCUAACCAGGGAGCUCCUUACAAACUGUGAUAGUAUUGAAUGGCAGGUUGAGGAGUUAGAUAAGGCUAUUGCUGUAGCUGCAAGAGAACCGGCUCGGUAUGGGAUUGACGAAGCUGAGCUCGAGAGACGAAGGAGGUGGACAACUUCUGCUCAUAAACAGGUGGCUACUGUGAGAAAAGCUGCCGAAGCUGGUAAAGGGAAGAACAUUUCUCUCAAUGGAACACGUCAAGAGCUAGUGAGGAUUCCGAAUGAUCGAUCGAAUGAUUAUAUUACACAGGACGAUGAAGAUUUCAUCUCGUCGGAAUCAGAUCGGCAGAUGCUUCUAAUAAAGCGACAAGAUGAGGAAUUGGAUGAACUCAGCCUUAGUGUUCAGAAAAUUGGAGGAAUAGGACUUACCAUACAUGAGGAACUAGUUGGACAGGAAAGAAUCUUGGACGAACUGAGCACAGAUAUGGAAACUACAGCAAAUCGUCUCGACUUCGUUCAGAAAAAGAUUACUGUGGUGAUGAAAAAGGCUGGAGUGAAGGGGCAGAUUAUGAUAAUACUCUUCCUCAUAAUUCUUUUUAUUAUUCUGUUUGUUUUGGUUUUUCUCACAUAAAUGCUGAAAGGUAAUUUUGUAAUUUUUGAAAUUUUCUGAGUGUACUUUGAAAGUACUGCAGAGCCUUUUGAACUCUUACAUGCAUGGCUGUAUUGGAUUUAGCUUUUCAUAUUCCUGUUGGCAAAAGUUAUAUUGCCAGUACCAUUUUUGUAAUUUG